CGUUGCUACAAGGCCGAUACAAUCUCAGAAGCAGCCAGGAAGGAUUCUCUUCUGUACUUCAGAAACUAUUUUAUGCUCUCCAUAAGUGAGUAUAUACGAUGGACAGGUAUCACGAUUUUCGAAAUUUGGCUCCAUGCUAUCGGACUACUCAUUUUUUCCGUUCUUAUUGUGAUGAAAAAUGAGGUUUACCCGAGUCUGACCUAUUGGCAUGUGUUUACACCAUUGUUUAUCGCUACUGCACUUAACAUGUAUUUCCUCUUUAUCGUUCUCGUACGAGCAGUGGUUGAGGAAAAACAGUGCAAGGAUCCCAUCUUGAAGCAUGCAUUUAGCUGGUUAAGAUUUGUUAUGAUCGGGAUAUUCGAAGCGCUGUUGUGUUACAAAGUGAACGGUGACUUAGAAGAUGGACAGGUUGCAGUUCAGUCUUCAUAUGGCAUUGUUUUCUUGCCUGUAUGGGUGCUGAUGGCUGCAUUAUGCUUUCAAGCAUUUCGUUUGUUGUAAUAGUGCGUUUGUUUUAGAUUUCCAUGAAUAACAGAUGAUUGAUUUGACAUAUGUAUUAUAGUUGGAAAACAAAUAGAAAUGACAGCUAUUUCAAAAAGGGACCGAUAUUCUGGACUUUAUUCAGAACGUGGUCAUGUCAUAUUAAAAUAUCAAGUGGCAAGUGGCUCAUUUUGGUGCUUAAGAACUAUUUUCUGAAAAACUUUGUUGAGAUGUGUGAAUUAUGUCUUUCAAGAUUGGCCCUAUACUGUGUCGUAAAUGCCAGAAGCAGUAGGGAGAGCAUUUAACAAUGAGCUAGCUACUUUUCCAUCUGUUUUAUAUUUGUAAAAAGUUACCCAUAUAAAAUUUUAUUGUGCUUGUCUAAGGUGCCAGAUGGUUGCACCAUCGGAUUACUCAUUUUGGCUUCAGAAAUAUUGUGAUUGUUCAUUUUUUCAGUAAUAUCA